AUGCAAAAUAAUAACUCACCAAAUAGUAAUAAUAAUGGUUUGAAUAAUGGAAAUAAUGGUGCAGUUGCAGUAGAUAACAAUAAUAAUAAUAAUAACAAUGGUGUUUUAAAGAACGAUGUAAAUAACAACUAUUUGUCACCCAAUUCAAAUGGUGCAACGGACGACAAGAUAUCAAUGUCACCAGAGUUUCAACAACAGAAGCCAAGCAUCACUCCACAACCAAUGGCAGCAGUACAACAACACCAACAACAACAAACAAAACUAACAUUCAUCAUCAAUGGAUUCUCAAAGUUUGAGAAUCAAUUCUAUACUCAAACUAACACCCUAUGGGGAUUGACAUGGAGAUUAUAUGUUUUUCCAAAAGGAAAUACAUCACCAAACGAUUUAUCAUUGUUUCUUGAUAUGAAUGAAAUUAAACAACAGAAUUUCCCAAAUCAAAAGGUCAAUUUCGUCUUGGAGAUGGUAAAUCAAAAGAAUCCAGAAGAGAAUGUUCGCAAGACUGCCGACCACAUCUUCAAUAUCAGAUCUGCAGAUUGGGGUUUCAAUAAGUUCAUGAAGAUACCGACUCUUCUCGACCCAAAGAAUGGAUUCAUCGUUGACGAUACCAUCAUUAUUCAUGCUCACAUUCUAAAUGUUAUACCAGAGGUCAUCACUGCCAAUGGACAAAGAACAUUUAUAGAUAAUUUAUUAAUGUUAAUCAUCUACUACUUUCUUUAA